AUGCCGAGCAACGACAGUCACGACGCUCAGCUGCUGCGGCACUAUGCCCAGUUUUUCCCAAACGUCCUGUUUACGUCCGAAGAGGAGAUGGAGAAGUACUGCCAGGAGGCCAGACCAGGGACGAUCAAGAAGGUGCUUGAUCUUCCAGAAGGGGAGGAGGUCCCUGACGAAGCUGUCAAGGAUCUUCGAGCGCACCUGUACAUAUUGAAGCACAUUGUGGGACGAAAUGCGACAACGGCAGCAUUUGUGGCUCUACGAGGAUCGGACAAACAGAAAGUGGUGGCCAAAUUCGUCAUGCUGAAUGACGAGAAGCAGGCAGCGUACGCUCGCAGUGAGGUGCAUUGUCUGGCCGCAUGCGAUCACUUCGGUAUUGUGAAGCACUACGACGACCUAAAAUCCGAAGACAAAUUGCUCUUGAUCAUGGAAUAUGGAAGUGGUGGCGACCUCAACAAACAAAUAAAGCAACGCCUCAAGGAGCGCUUACCAUUUAAGGAGCAUGAGGCAGGUCUCCUCUUCUAUCAAAUUGUCUUGGCACUGGACGAGGUGCACAGCCGACGGAUGAUGCACCGUGAUUUAAAGAGUGCCAAUAUUUUUCUGAUGCCCACUGGUAUCAUUAAACUUGGCGACUUUGGAUUUUCCAAGCAGUACAGUGAUUCUGUUUCACUGGAUGUUGGUUCUUCUUUCUGUGGAACGCCCUACUACCUCGCACCCGAGCUCUGGGAGCGAAAGAGGUAUAGUAAAAAGGCUGACAUGUGGUCACUUGGUGUAAUUCUCUACGAGCUGUUAACGCUGCACCGCCCGUUCAAGGGGCCGUCACAGCGUGAGAUAAUGCAGCAAGUAUUGUACGGUAGGUACGACCCUUUUCCAUGCGCUGUGUCUGACGGAAUGAAAGCGCUCAUGGAGCCGCUCCUCUCGAAGGAUCCCGGACUGCGCCCAACAACGACACAGCUGCUGCAGACAGAGCUUUUGAAGUAUGUGGCUAAUAUAUUUGAGGAGAUCGUAAAGAAUUCUGAGGUGAUCGAGAAGCAUGACAAGGAGAGGAUCCUCAAGCAGCUCGCAGAGAGCCGUGCAAAAGCGCCUCUCUCUCAAUCAUUGCAUUUUGGUACCGUGAGCUCCGAAGUGGUGCAGGAGGGGUAUUUACUCAAGUACAGCUCUGACAUGAAGUGGAAAAAGCGGUAUUUCUCUAUCCGAAACGGGCAGCUGCGCAUCUCCCUCACGGAGAACCCCGAGAAGGAUGGCGUCUCACCAAAGUCUGCAAGCUUGGAGACUGUAAACGAUGUAUUCCCAGUACCAGAGGCAUAUUGCCGCUCUCAUCCGAAUCAGCUGGUCAUUUGGUUUAACAAUGGCCAAAAGAUUAUUGCUAUGGCAAAGUCAGCGGAGGAGCGUGACAUGUGGAUAUCCAAAUUCCAUCGUGCGUGUGGCAUGUAG